GAUAAUUACAGAAGCCUUUUCCGAGAUCACUAUCCCUAACCUUAAUACGUAUCCUGUGCUCCUUGUCCUUCCGGUGCAGGAUCGUUUUAUUAGCAAGGAUAGAAAAACAAUCACACCAAGGAAGUGGAGGUAAGCCUCCUCCAAAAAAAAAAAAGCAAGGAUUCAGUCUAGCGAGGCUUCACAGACUCACUUAUUAAAAUUUACCUUAUUUCCUUUGUGACUUACGAUUAUUGUUUUUGCACAUCACUUUAACCUUAUUUAAAAGAAAUUGUGCACGCUUGUGUUAAUUAGACGCAAAAAAUACACACGAACACCUCUGUUUCACCACGAUAUUACGUUUCCCUCCUGCGACUCAUAACGUCUAGUUUAGUCUAACAACGGUGAGAGGUGGAGGAAGAAGAGGGUGCUUGGGUGGGGUGCCGUCCAAAGCAUAAUGGCAUUCCCAUUGACACCGGAGCCGACCGACAGAAUUCAAAGUGGAAGCAGCGAGGGAGGCGGUGUGUUCGUGCCUCUGGACACCCUGACUACCAACGCGGUUAACCGAGGCCUGUCCGAUCUUCACGUGCCCACGUGGCUAGGGUUGUUAGCCUCGAAUAUCGCCGCCCGCACGGUUAUUUUUCACCCCCUGCAGCUCUCUGUAGUGCGUAAGCGUGUGACACGGGCUGAGAAGCCGCCGAGCGUGCUCACACAGCUAAGGGCGGCGUACAAAGGCGGUGUGGUGACAUUUCCAUCACCCGUCUGCAGGGGUGGUUCCACUAGCGCAUAUCCUCUUCAAAACCCUUUAUUACCCUGUGAUUUAGGAAAAGGUGGUGUUCGCGGAUGCUAUCGUGGUCUCGGUACUGCUCUAUUAGCAAAUUUAAUUGGAGAAGUUUCAUACUUAUUUACACUAGAGACUUUUAUGGAUCGGAUAGCGCGUUCAACUACCUCGUCUUAUGAGCAAACGUUAGCUCUUCACCAAGGGUUCAAUAAUGCUCAACGCGAUAUCAACAACUUAACGUAUCGAACUCAAGAUAAGGAGGGGUUUUGUACCCCAAGUAUCGCGGCAGCUCUGGGGGCCAUGCUGGGAGACCUUGUCUCGCUCAUCAUUAUUACCCCUGCUGUCAUAGUCUGUAAUCGACAGAUGACUGCGGGUUAUGGUAUGACCUCUAGCAACAGUUAUAAGUCUAUGUUUAGUACUUUCAAUGAAGUGUGGAAUUUACACCAACUUUAUCCCAGGCCGUCAAAAAUGGUCAAUAGUAAUUCUUUCUACUCCAAAACAACAUGCGUAUCACGUUGGGUAUGGUUAAAAAAUGGAUUCAAUGGCAUUUAUAAGGGCUUCAAUGCAGGUCUUCUACGUAUUCCAUCCAGUGGCUGUUGGUGGGCAGUGUACACAAAGACGAAGGAAGCUAUGUACACGCUUGCGACACCGACUCUUAUUCAAUGGAAUGGAGAACGCAAUAGCGAAGAAAUUCGAAGCAUUAAAUUUUCAAAUGGUGAAACCACGGGUACUACGAGGUCUAUAUGGCAACACAACUGGUUUCUUUCACUAACUGAUAACCCUCUGCUCAACGCCACAGCUAGUGCUAUGGCUAGUGUUUGUACAACACUAUUAUUUAAUCCAAUUGCAGUUAUACAGACCCGUCUUCAGGUGCUCCCUGAGAAUUACUGGAACCAAAAACUUGCUGCUGCUGGCGUCAAGGCUGCCACACAAGAUGGAAUUGUGGGGGCUUCAGAUUCCAGGUUAGGCCUCAAACCUAUUAAAAGCCGUUCUAAUAUUCAUCCAUUCAAACGGAUUCAUAUAAUAGCUGUUGAUAUUUUGCAGAGAGAGGGGCUUCGAGCCUUCUUUAAAGGCUCCUCUGUGAAUGUUGCCGUAGCAGUGUUAGAUGGUCUCGUGUUUUCUUUCAUUUUUGAGUUCACAAAGCUUGGCAGUGAUAAGAACUUUAUCGCGAACAUCUCACCCGUCGAAGUUACUCCAGUAAAAGAGAUCAUAAAAGUGAAAGGAAAAGGGCACGACAUCUGGGAGUAA